UCCUUCAUCUCGAGUUGCGACUCCAACUUAAUAGGGUUAAAGUUUUUCAUAUUAUUUCAUAAAGACUCAAUUGUUGAUUACAAUUGCCUUAAACAAUUUUGUAUUUUAUUUCAACGUCCAUCUUUUACUUUGUUUUCAGUGAAAUUCCGAGUUGACUCCACCUUUGACCGACACUUGAUUGUCCGAAAAAACGAGUUUAAAUAAGCUGAUUAAUUUUUGGGUUGAGCCAUUUAUAAAUCUUGGUUCGCAUUUUUUGGUCUCAUUUGUCUCUUAGCUUUGAUUGAAAUUCAUUUACAAGCCAAUUCUAGAAGAGAGUAGAAGACUAAUUAUGACUCGAUUGUUUAGUCCAACAAUAUUGGUGUCAAUCUUUUUGACUCUUUCGAUUACUAUUAUACCUUUGACUUAUGGUAAUGAUGACAAUUGUGUGAAGCAGUAUUUUGAUCAAAACUCAUUCGUCUGUGUUUGUAAUAUAAGUGACUGUCGAUCCAUUGAACCGGCAACUCCAGUUCCUAAAGGUUUCAUCUUCACAUGGGAAUCCUCGCAAGAUCAACACCGUUUCCACCGAACAGAGCGUUCAACCAAAGAUCUGCCUCGAAAUGAAGUAAUCAUGGAAACUUCUGGAUCCUCAUUGAUACGAGUUCGUCUCCUUCCUCAUGACCAAAGACAAACCAUUGUUGGUUUCGGUGGUGCUUUCACAGAUGCAACCGGUUACAAUUUACUUGAUUUACCAGCCAAUCUUUCAGAUCACAUCAUGCAAGACUAUUUCUCAAGAACUGGCCUCGAUUAUUCUCUUGCUCGAGUUCCAAUUGGUGGUACUGACUUUUCAAAUCGACUUUACACUUACAAUGAUAACCAAGAUGGUGAUUUUGAGCUAAAGAACUUUGCUCUUCAACCAGAAGACACUCAAUUGAAGAUCCCAAUGAUCGAACGUGCUCAAGAAUUGAAGGAAGGUCGUCUUAAGCUCUUAGGCUCUGCCUGGUCACCUCCAGCCUGGAUGAAAACCAAUAACGACAUCAAGGGAAAUGGAUUCCUGAAAGGCGUACCCGGUGGACCCUAUUACAAAGCAUGGGCAAAAUAUCAUGUCAAGUUUCUUGAAGCUUAUGCUAGAGCUGGAAUCAAUUUCUGGGGCAUCACAACUGGCAAUGAACCUACCAAUGCUAUUAUCAAUGAAGAUUUCUUCUUCAACUGUCUUGGUAUGACACCAGAAUUAUUACGUGAUUACGUUAAAUUAGAUCUUGGACCCACUCUUCGAGAUGCUGGUUAUGGAACUGAUAAACUUCAAGUUUUACUUCAUGAUGAAGUACGACAAUUCAUGCCCAACUAUACUGAAGCAGUCUUGUUUGAUGAAGAAGCCGCAUCCUUUGUGACUGGUAUUGGUUUCCAUUGGUAUAGACAUGGCGCUAAGGAUUUCUUCGAGAAUUUAGAGCGAGCUCAUGAAAAUUUCGCUGAUAAACUCUUGUUAGGAACCGAAGCCUGUGAAGGUUGGCAACGAUUCAGUUCUAGAAGAGCUCAACUCGGAAACUGGACUCGAGCCGAGACUUAUGCAGUUGAUAUCAUCAAAGGAUUACAAAGAUACUCUUCUGGUUGGCUGGACUGGAAUCUUGCUCUCAACACCAAAGGUGGACCAUCUUGGGCAGAAAAUUGGACAGAUGGUUUAAUUUUAGUCGACGCUGAAUCGGCUACAUAUUAUAGAAAUCCAAUGUUCUACUCUUUAGGUCACUUUUCCAAAUUCAUUCCACCCGGUUCCAUCUACAUUGGACACGAAAUUCACGGCAAUGACACUGGAGUUCUUUUGGCAUCUUUCAUUGAUCCAGCUGAUCAAGUAGUCAUGGUUGUUCUCAACACUAAUGAUGAACCAGUUGACUUGGUUGUUGAUGGUUUUGCUGAAGCUUCAGUACCAAUUAAGAUGGAUGCUCAUUCAAUCAAAACUCUGGUAACCCCUAAAGCCCUCGCCUAAGCUUCUAAGUCAUUAAAACAAAGCAAUUAGCAAAGGUAACCAAAGUGAGAUUACAUCAAAAUGCUGCAAAAAUGGCCAAUGAUCUGUAUCCAUUAUCAUCUCUAUCUCCAACCCUUUCAAUUUCUAUCAACAUCACCACCUGAUUAUUAGCUGAACACAGUCAUGGUACACGUCGAUCAUAAUUGGAAAGACGUGUCAGUCAAAAAUAAUCGACAAACCCUUAUAACCCGAAUAAUUUUUCAUUUAUAAAUACAUGUUUAGCAACAAACAUAUGAAAACAUUCACCGGCUUUACACCCGGUUUCACUGUAAAUAAAUAAUUUGAAAAUAUUCAUAUAAAUAUAUAAAUAAUUGUAUAAACCUGA